CAGAAAAAGCACUUCACAAGAUCACACAUUAACCUUUCUUACUUGGCUUUCUCCGAGUUUUAAAAACUUGGGUCAGACUCACUCCAAAAUGUCAGAUUCAGAGGAUGAGAGCAUCUCAGAAGAUGAAAGAGACAUUGAGUGUGAGAUUCUGGAGAAAGAGCGAGACGAUGCCAAUGAAAAACUGUCAAUGAUGGGGAAAGCAUCUUCUCAGCUGCUCAAGGAGUUGGAUAUGUUAGAGAUGCAGUUUCAGAUUGAGCGUUCCUGCAGGGAAACCGCAGAGGCUUUUGCACUGAAGGUUUCAAAGGAUUUCAAGGUAUUAAAGAGGAAAAGCCAAGCCAUUCUUCCUCUGAUCCCUGAGAUGCCGGAAAACCUCUCUGUCCUGAACCUUGACCUGAAGACUGACCCAGACUCUGACUCUGAGCCGGGUCCAGAUGAAGAGAGCGACGAAGAUCCACUUCUGAAGAGUCAGAAUCAGAUUAAAGAGCUCCAGUCAUCAGUGGAUCGGUUACUCGGAGAGAAGAUUCAACUGUGUGAGCAGGUGGAACUCCUUAAGAAAGAGAAAGAAGAACUAAAGGAAAAGCUGUUGCUGGAGGACGGCGAGAAGGAGGCUCUUCUGAAGAAACUCAGCAAGCACAACAGAACUGUGAAUAAAAUGAAAAGAGUAUCACAGCUUGUUACAGAAGAGUUUGCCGAGAUGUCACACAAGCUUGAAAUGGAGCAAGGACUCAGACAGCAUGCUGAAGUUUUUGCACAUCAGAUGCUGGUGAAACAGAGAGAAAACGAGAGACAGACUUUGAAACUCAUACAAAACGCUGAGGCUGAAAAACAACUACAACAAGCUCUGAAUCAAGUGUCUGAUAUUGGCAAAAAUCUGAAAGAGAUACGACUGUGUUUUCAAACCCAGCUAAAACAGUCACAGACAGUGGCUGAGGAGCUCAACAGUUUAUCAGAUCUCGCAGCUGUGAGAACAAAGCUGGAGAUCAGCGAGGAAGAAAGAAGCAACUUGGAAACACAACUAAAAGACUCACAACAAUCUUUAAAUGAACUCCAAGAGGAAACCAAACAGCUCCGGGAUAAACUGAGAAAAAUGGAGGAGAUUUCUUCUCUCAAAUCUGACCAAUCAAAAGAGGAAAAUGAAAUUCUAGUUGGUCAGCCAUCCCUACCUCCUCCGCCUCCACCACCUCCUCCACCUCCACCGCCUCCGCCAUCUUUAACAGUCACAGACCCAUUGAAGGUCUUGAGGGACAAAAAGAAGGUUAGAGAUGCCACUGAAACUGCAAAACCCCAAAUGACUGAGAAUAUAAAGUUCAGAGCUGUGGAUGAGAUGAUGGAGAGAAUCAAAAAAGGAAUUAUACUUAGACCUAUUCUUAAACCGGCACAGGGUGAAUCAGAGGAUGAAAAUGCAUGGAAGGAACAAAGAUCUGAGAACCGAAAAUCAGCUGUUCUGGAAUUGCAGGGGAUGCUGAAUUCCAUAAAGAGGUCUGGCCCCCGCCGCAGCCAAUCUAAAAAACGCUGCAGCCGUAAUAUUGCGGAGGCGGAGCUUCAGAUGGUGCUCCAGAGACGGAGGCGGGCCAUCGGGGAUGACAAAGGUACCCCAUCUGCUCCACCAAAGCCCAAAGAGUCACCUGCAGCGAUCUCUUCGCCCUGGGCCGGUCAGAGUGGAAGCGCCCCUGUCCUCAGAAGACUUCAACAGAACCGUGAGAAGAGAGCUUCUCGCAUAAAGGCCUCUGAAUCUAUUAUAUGGGAGGAUAAGUAAGAUGCCAGAAUUUGUUUAGAGUAAAUAUCAGAAGACUGAAUAAAACUUUAACCCUGUUAACCUGGGAUAAAAAGCCAAGGACCAUGCAUUUAAAGUGAAUUAUGAUUGAAAUAAAAGACAUUCUUUUGCUUUUCUUUUUGCAUAUCA